AUGGCGUCGCGAAUCCCUGCUGCACUGGCGACACUGGCCGUGCUGCUCCUGUGCGUGUCGCUGCCUUUGAGCGCGGACGCGCACAACCACAAGCGCAAAUACAACGGGCGCGUCGUGACGCGCAACCUGGUGGGCGCCGUGUCCGCCGCUAAGAACUUCUCCACGUUCCUCAACGUGCUGCGCCUCACCGGCCUGGACAAGGAGCUGCCGGAUCUGUUUGAUCACUACGACGCCACCAUCUUCGCACCCACGGACGCUGCGUUCGCCGCCGUGCCCAAGGCCACGCUAAGCGCGCUGCUCAAGAACGUGCCGCUGCUGCGCGAGAUCGUGCUGCUGCACAUCGUCAAGGGCAAGAAGCUGGCUGCUAAGAUUGUGUCGCAGGGCAGGGGCCACGAGUAUGAGACAGCGGCGGGCAUGGGCGAGGCGGAGCUGGUGAAGGUAUCAGCGCGUGGCUCGGGCAGGGUGCAAGUGCGGCCCGAGGAUGGUGGUGCCACCGUGAGUGUGCACACACCCAACGCCGUGGUGCUGCGUACUGUUGUGGUGCACAGCGUGGCAUCGGUGAUCGUGCCCAAGAGCCCCAAGAAGGCCCGCAAGCAGCUCACGCUCAAGCAGUGCUUUGAUGCCGCAGAGUUUGACUAG